AUCCGGAGCUGCUGUGCACGUCGCCAGUCAGUAGGAACGCGCCGGCCGACGCAUGAAGACGGACAAGAAGUUUCUCGAGGCCCUCGUGGGUGGUUCGCCGUUCGGCGGCGCCGGUGGCGACUACGAGGUGGCCCCGAGCACCGAGAAGGACGCCCUGGGUCCCCGCGCCGGCGUUGUGGUUGUGGACGACGAGGUGUUGCUCGAUGUGGACUCGCUGCCGGCCAAGCCCGAGUCCGCCAAUGCCGACGACCUGGGCUCGAGCGAAGAGGACUUGCCGCUGCGAGGCAACUGGGGCGGCAAGCUAGACUUCAUCUUCGGCUGCGUCAGUUACGCCGUCGGACUGGGCAACGUGUGGCGAUUCCCUUACCUGGCAUACGAAAAUGGAGGAGGUGCUUUCCUGGUGCCAUUUUUCAUUAGCAUCGUCCUCUGCGGUGUGCCCUUGUUUGUUAUGGAAGUGUCGAUCGGACAAUAUUUGAACACUGGAGGCGUUGGCAUCUGGAACCUGGUACCCAUGUUCAAAGGUGUCGGGUUCGCGUCGAUGACAAUGAUCGGUCUGAGCAACAUCUACUACAUCGUGCUCAUCGCGUACACCCUGUACUACCUGGUCGCCUCGUUCCGCAGCCCGCUACCCUGGGAGCAGUGCGGCAACGAGUGGAACACCGAGCGCUGUCUGGGCAUCCGCGAAAACAUCUCCAGCCUCGCUGAACGGAACCUCACCGCCGCGCAGGCCGUCUCGUCCGUAAAGGAGUACUGGGAGAACAAUGUUCUGGGCAUCACCAAUGGCUUGGAGGAAGUUGGCUCUCUGCGGCCUGAGCUUGCCCUUUACCUCCUCCUGGCAUGGUUCCUUGUGUAUAUAGUCAUCUGGAGGGGACUUCAUCAGAGUGGGAAGAUUAUUUGGUGCACCGCCCUUUUCCCAUACCUCAUCCUCUUCAUCCUGUUCAUCCGUGGAGUUACGCUGGAGGGUGCCUCUGAAGGACUACUCUACUACCUGCGUCCCGACUGGAGCAAGCUCAGAGAUCCAAGGGUGUGGAUUGCGGCUGGGACGCAGGUGUUGUUCUCGUAUGGCAUUGGUAUUGGUGCCAACGUAGCGCUCGGCAGUUACAACAAGUAUAACCACAACUUUUACAGGGAUUCCAUGAUUGUUUGCACCAUCUGCAGUGGGACGAGUCUGUUUGCUGGCCUGGUCAUAUUCUCAGUUCUAGGUCACAUGGCCCACAUACAAGACAAGGAUGUGUCAGAGGUGGCACGAUCAGGUCCUGGCCUGGCGUUCUUGGCCUAUCCCGAGAUGGUGGUGCAGUUACCCUUUGCACCGGUCUGGGCAGUACUCUUCUUCCUCAUGCUCAUCGUUCUGGGAAUCGACAGCCAGUUCUGCACUGUCGAGGCACUCGUGACAGGGCUGGUGGAUGAGUUUGCUUCCACGCUGAGACCGUACCGGCGCCUGUUCACUCUGAGCGUUGUUGUCGUGCAGUUCCUGCUGGGUCUACCCCUGGUAACUCAGGGAGGCAUGUACAUCUUCCAGCUGAUGGACUUUUUCUCAGCCAGUGGUGUCUCGUUGCUGACGGUCGUCUUCUUUGAGAUUGUCGGCUUUGCCUGGAUAUAUGGUGCAAAAAGGAUCUACGCCAACAUCAAGGACAUGGUAGGCUUCACGCCAAACAAGUACUUCUUCUUCUGCUGGCUUUUCGCCGCUCCCUGUGUGAUUGUGGGAAUGCUGGUGUUUUACAUAGCUGUGCCUGAGCCGGUGACAUACUCAGAUCACUACGUCUACCCUUGGUGGGGCGAAAUGGUCGGUUGGGGCAUGGCCCUUGCCUCCAUCAUGUGGAUUCCCACCUACGCCUUUUACUACCUCUGGAACAGCUCGGGAACCCUCCUGGAGCGCAUCAAGAAAGGCGUGACCCCUCAAGUCGUGCCACGCAAGGUCCAAGAGGGCAGCCCCACUUCGGACGAGAGCCUCGCCUUGGAGCCGCCCGCCAACAUAGUGCGAGUGCUGCUUCAAGAAAAGUCCUGAUCACUGUCGUCGCAACCACCAAUGCUCGAUCUGAACUUCAGUUGACUUGUUUUUACGGCAACCCGGCGUUAAAACGUGGGGUCUAUUGCCGGUUUGGCGAAACAUGACGGCGCUCGUUUCUCUGCCUGUUGGUUCGGCGAGAAACACGCUGUCUCUCUCUCAAUCUCUCCACAUUAUCCUCUUUUACGAUACUGAUUUUCCCACCUCAGAUUCGCCAAACACGUGCAAGGAAUACAAAACGCCGAUUCGCGGCCAGUGUCUGUCCUUUAAGUGAAGCAGCACACGCAUGCUUCAAGUAAGGGCCGCUCCUGCCCAGGUUGCAGCGAGAAAAAGGACGUUUACAUCACUCGCUGCUGUAGACAAUGUCAACCGACUGUCACCUGACAGUUGUAGAAUAACCUGUCCCGUGGUUAGUGUGUAGAUGUAGGAAACUUGUCAUUUCUGCCGCAGUUAGUGUGGCAUGACAGAGGGCAGUGGCAUGAAUGGCACAGUUGAUUAACGUCAUAAGAUAUUGGUAAUGUGCUACAAGUCGCACAAUGCGCUGUACGGAUAAUGCGCUACAAAUCGUUUCUUUGUGUAAAUAUUUGAGGCAGGUGCACAUGAAGUAUGGAGAGAAAUGAGAAUCGCAGCAGAAGUAAUUGUGGUGUGCGAACCUGCCUCUUCAAAGCUAAACAUUUUGUUAGCUGCCAUUCACAAUAUUGUUGAGUGCCACAACUUUGAAAACAAUGUUUGUCUUCCAUGAAUGCGAGAGAAACCAAUUCCUGGCAGCAUUAAAGAAGGUAAUAGGAAUACGGCACGAAAACGGUCAUGUAUGGGACGAAAGAGCAAAUAGAUUUACUCCUGCCCAAUCAUCAUGUGAUUACGGUUCUAGUGAAACUGUGAAUGUACCGGUAACAAAGAACAACACUACCACAAUGUUUCAAGUGGUCUCGUUUUUCGUGAUAAUGGCUAGUUGUGAAUCGCUCCGAACUUCCAACUGUGAAUGUGAUAGCGCAGAAUUGAUGGAAUAGAUCGUUUUGUUAUGAUGGCACACUAUACGUGCUUGCGGUGGAUAGCACAAGGUGUGGUGAUUGCAGUGUAAUGCGAUGCCUGGCAUCGCUUGGCUCUGAAGCAGUGAAGAAAGAAGGAACUGAGAAACUGUUAUACUUGCAAGAGCAUCAUGUUCAGUUUGUCUUGGGAAGGUGGUUGGAAAAGAGGGUCGAGAGUAUCAUUCCACUCGUAAGCAAAAGUUUGGCCUGGCAUUGAAGAUCUGAAUGCGCCAUGACGUUAUUUCUUCUAAUUUUUUCUUCUGUAAAAUUAAAAUUGAUUUUCACAUUUUCCUGGAAGUUCAUGGAAGUGUUCAAAUCCUCACUGAAGGUGUCGUUCUUGUUUACAUAUCUUUUUAAAUUGUCAUGAUGCCGGAUGUCAGAACCUAGUCUAAACAGCCUGAUAUGCUGAAUUCAUCUGCCAUUCCUUGAAUUAGGUACAGCCACCCAUUACGAACAAUGACAUUAAUCACACAGUAAGCGAUAACUUUUUGUUCUGUAACUGGAACACAAUGUCAGUAAACAAAAAGAAAUGACUUAAGAUUCCAACACUAUUACAUUCAUAGGUGAUGUGCAUCGCUGCUGACUUACUCAUCAACUUUUUGUUAGCAAUACGAUUACCCCGCACUGUUCCAGUUCCCUGCAUAGUGAAACCGACAAUGCAACACUACACUACAUUGCUCAAACUGUGUUAUGGAUAACCCAUGUGAUAAUUUGGAUAAUAUGUCAGACUCAUGUUCAGCGGUGAAACGCAUAAUUACUGGACUUUUGUAUGCUUCGUUACUGGUUUCCUGUGGAGCAAAUGUAUAUAGUGUGUAAAUACGACGGCAAACACUAUAGAAUGCUGCGCCGAAUCUGUGUCACUUGUUUAGUGCAAUGGGCACCUUUAAAUGCAUGAAUACGUCAAGGGAAAGUAAUACCUCUAGUUUGUGCUAGAUGUUAGUGAGCAUCCUAUUUGUGAGUGGCAGAAACGAGCCUCGCAUCUUGUAGUUACUUCAUCCUAUAGCUGACAGUGGUUAUAAUAUAUAUAAGCGAAACAAUGCAGUACGACUUGCACAAGUUUGCGUACACGACUUCUGACAGUUUUACUGAACACUUGCACAGUGCAAUCCUAUCCAACCGAUUCAAAGUUGCAGACAUCCUGACUGGAAUUAACUCUGUCUAGGGCCUAAUGUGUGCCAGUUGUGAAUGUAUGCAGUUACAGUGCAUUUGCAUUCCUACAGCUAAAUCAAAGAGUGCACAUAUUGUCAGCAGGCAACUGCGUAGUGUGCAAAAACAAAAAGUGAAGUGUUUAUCUGAAAUAAUUAUAGCUGCAUCAAGUUCAUUAAAAUAACCAAAGAGUAGGCAAUAUCGAAUUUCCAGCAAUAGAAAGCCUAUGGUUCCAUCGUAUUUAGUUGCCGAUCCGUCUGCAAGUAUUUUUUACUGCCUAGUUCAAAAUCGAGGUGGUUACAUUUCAUUGAGGGCGAAAUACAGAAGUGCUUGCAUGCUUACCUUUAGGGGCACACCACAAAACCCCACACGAUCAAAAUUAUUCUGGAAACGCAAUAUCAGUGUACCAUAGCACAAACAAGGCGAUACUGUUAGUACUUUUUCUAAGUAUGACAACACAGUGAUGCAAGAGACACACACAUAAAAGAAGCACCGAUAAGUCUCCAUUUGUGUCUCUGAAUCACGUUACACUAAAGUAUUAAAGGCGGAAUACAAGUAUAACCAGAUCAACAAUAGGACAUACGAUUUUCGGGAACACUGUAUAAACUUACUUGGCUGGCUCAUUGAGGAAACUACUAACUCCAUAUCACUUUUUCUGUGUUCAAUGUGAAUCAUGCUGACAGGAUUUCUUCGUCAAAAUAAUGCUGCUCCGGCAGUUAAAUUUCGCAGGAAAUGAACGGCGUGUUACUUCUGAAGAAAAUGAAUCCGUUGAAAUUUGUUUGUGUUGGCCUCGGAUAUCCAUUUUUUCAUCAGGGAGUGACAAUAUGACAAGCUGAUACCACUACAAGGUUGGGCCCGGUCAAUGUACUGAUCUAGUUCAAGUUUUCUGCUGUGUUCGCACUUUGUUAGGGGACUGAUUAUGUCAUUACCACAAUUAGGCUGUGCUGUACGAUCGUAGCUAGACUGUGAACAGAAUUAUAUCGUAUAUUAUUCACAGCUGCCACAAUGCAAAUCGUCUCUGAGCUUUGUCAGUUUCAUCACUUUUGUGCUUUGGGGAAGCUUUCUGUGCUUACAAAUGAUCAUGAUUGAUUUUCAAAAUGCUUUGGGUUCUCUUAUGCAUGUGCAUUUAAACCUCUGAGUGCCGAAUCCACAAAUUUAUCAUAUGUCUGUGAAUGUUCUAAGCUCAGAAGGUUGGUACAUUUUGCUGCAGUUGUAUUUGUACAUGUCAUUGACAAGGACAGUUCCUUAAGACUUCCACCCUUAUUGCACUUUCUCAAUUGAUGUGACUGCUUCAUAUGAACUGUCUUUCCUUUUCUUCCUUUUGCAAUUUCAUUGCACAGAUGAGCAAUCAUUAGAGGGAACUUUAAGAAAUUUUUGUCUCUUGAAUUUCCUCACAAAAACAUUUUCAGCAAAUGAUUGCUUUUACAUGGUGCUGCACAAAAACAUUUGCUCCGCAUGUAUUUUACAUGCUCAUGCUAAAUUAAAGUUUACGGUGAGAUAGGGCACAUGAAGGCACUUUUCUUGCCUUCAAUAAACUUUUCAUAUAUGUACGUACUUUUGAAAGACACUCAAAUCUGGCUUCAACGUCUUUUCAAUUAGUUAAACACUUGCCUCAGGCGUCUUGGCAAAAGGAUUAAAAAAAAAAAAAUUGGUCCUUCAGUGCUUGCAAUGUUAAAAUCUAAUAUGCCAAGAUUCUCUAGCGAAGUGUUGCAAUGAUAGUUGUAGCCCCAUGAAAACGAUUUAACACUUGAACAAGCGUGGUGACAAAUGAAUGAAGUAGAGUCACACCUCGAUGCAACAGUUAUUAAUAUAAUGAAGUAAACAAAGAAUACUGGUUCUAUUAUUACAGUGUUACAAAUGUACAUUUACAACAGAUAUUCAAAUUUAACAAACUCAUUAUCGUAUCUGACACAACUUUGUUUUAAUGAGGGUUAAAUAUAGUAUACAUUCGUGUGAAGUCUUGUUGCAAGCUUGCUUCAUUGCUCUAUAAAAGCUCUGAAUAGAGGGCGUGCACCUGUACAUAUACUGCAUUUGUACAUACCUCAUUCAUGUACCUGUUAAUACCUUAGGGAAUUACAUGCAUCAGACAGGGACAGUGCCUUGGAUGUACUUGACGAGAGAAAAGUAAACACAAACGUCUUCGAAGUAUUUUGGUAAAACAAAGAAAGAAUGUAAUAGUAACUUUGUAUGCUGUUUGCAAAUACAUCCGACGUGUGAGUGGUGCUUGUGGAGCUCUGCUGACCAUAGCAAUAGGAACAGGAUAGCUUCAAAAUGCAUAACUAAGCCAGGAGCUGUAUAGUCUCAGGAUACUUUUCAUCGUUCAUUCUAGUUUGCUGUUACUGCACUGCGCAAAGCAGUACGUGCUGGUAUGAGCCAUACAACGAGAUCAGUUAUAGAAAGAUAAUGACAGUAAGAUGAAGAGUUAAAAUACUUUCAUGUGAAAUAUGGCCCACUGAACGUUUCCACAAUACAUCAGCCCUGUAACUGUUUGAAGAUAUCAGUAAUCUAUCUAGUUUCCAUAGCCUGUUUACUGUAAUAUCUAAAAUCUUUGCCCCUGCCCAUGGUUCACUGCUCCCAUUUUAUCAUAAAACGUCAGUUUCAUCAAGCACGUUUGAAGAUAGCUUCAGUGUGAAAUGCGUGCUUGUGCAUAUUGAAAUAACUGUAGAAACUCAUCAUGCAUAGCUGUGAAAAAACUUGAAACACAUUAUGGUGUAUGCAAGAUGAACCAUCAAGUGAUGUUCGUAAGCAACAACAUUGCAAUGCCAUAGGUCGAAGAUAUCAAGAGCUUGAAGGCUACUGGCCUGCAUGUAAUCCUUGUUGUUCAAUUCAUGUAAAAUCUUUGAUAAGACAGUAAUGAAUCACUAUGUCUGGCAAGUGUUUCUGCAAAAUUCAACUAUUGGUGGCCUUCGAUGUCUAUAUCCACACUCAGUUCAUGAAUUUUUGCUGCACUGAACACUGCUUUGUAACAAUCCACUCCAUUCUGAAGAAAAAUGCAAGGUCAUUGGAUGGGCAAAUGAUUCGGGAUAUCAUCAGGAACCAAUAAUCCAAUCUGCAAGCAAAAAUAGCGCACAGAGAUGAAUUCACUGCUGUUGCGAUGAAAAAUUAUGACAGCUAAGGAAAGCAUCGGUCAAUGAUGAGUGGUUUUUGUAGACCAAAUAUUUGUCAAUUGACUGCUGACAAAUAUGUGAAUAACUAAUGAAAGUAUUGCUAAGAGUUGGUCUUGUAAACUAAUACUGUUGGAUUUGACUACUGCAAGUGAAAACCUUCAAAGAAAAAACGGAAGCUGCAUUAUAUAAUUAAACAGAGUUGUUCUGGGAAACCUUAUCGUUUUCCAUGAAAGACCAUGCAUGCUUCUAAGAUUUUGCGUUGUGUGGAAAAGUCAGCAAAGGCUGUGGUGCUUAUCUUUCUAAAGCAGCUAGUAAAUGAAGAUUGUGCUAUUGAAUUCUAAAAAAUUAAGAGAUUUAGUAUUUCUGUUGUUGCUUGAAUAAUCAUUCUCAGAUCAUAGCUUAUAAGCAAACUCGAUAUGCCAAGCGAGUUACAUAAGCACAACAUUUGUGUGAAUAUUCGCUAUGCUGAGCACAUUAUACUACAAAAUGCAAAAUGUAUUGGUAGUGAAAACACAAGGUGCUGUUGUCUGGAGUGCCAUUAUUCAGAAUGUUUAUUUUUGGUUAGCAAACACAAGUUGAUGGUUAUGAAGUUUAGUGAAAAGAUAUAUGCAAGGAGAUUUAUUUUUUCAGAAAAAUUUAGAUUGCAGCUUGACCAACAUGUUGUAAACAGAGGCAUUAUGCCCAUGCCGUGCUGGUAAAAAUAAUGGCAUUGGUCACGUUAAUAUAACUGAUUUUGCAGAUGAUACCACAAAGGCACCAACAAUUAAUUUACUGUAAUUUAAUACUUCAUUUUUAUGCAGGGCCUACUCGGGACAAUACCACAUAGCUCAUUGGGUCAGCACUAUGUAUGUGCUGCAAAAGCUCAUUAGCUGAUUAAUAUUUAAUGGCAAUACAAUCAAGGUGGCAUUUGAACUGUAAGCUUUACUGCCAUUAUGUUUGCCUGUGUGGCAUGGGUGUCAUGUGCUGGUACUUCGCACAUGGAGUGUGUCCUAGUACAAUUGACAAAAAAAGCAACAUUUUUUUGUUAAAAAUUCCUUCCAUAUCUGUAGGUGUGUGAAAUUGUAGCCACGAACUGGCAAAGUUAGCAGCUGUUUCACCGUUUGUAAAGAAAUGCAAUGUGUCCAUUUAAAAUAGUUAAAAUGCAUCUUAUAAAUGCAUCAUAAAAGCAUGAAGAGAAAGCUAAAUAUACAUAUAGUUUUCAAGAAGUAAUGUUUUGUGGCACUGUUCAUGAACACUAUUUUACUCUACGCCGAAGUAGUGUACACAUGAUGGUUAGUGAAAAACAAGUGUUGCUUGUUACUUCAGAGCUGACAAGGUUAGCCCGCACGUCCGCACAGUUUCACCAUGUAGGUGUGAUUUCUUAAGCCAAUCGAUUGUGCGAUAGUACAAUUACUAUAAAUACCAACUCGAUUGCAUUUGUUGUGAAUGCGUAUUCGCUGUUCUUAUGGGGAAGUUCUUCCUCCUCGUGAAAUUAAAGAGCAUGUUCAUUUGCACUGUUUGUAUUGCAAGUUCCAAGGCAUGACAUAUUCCCUGUAAUUUCAUUGUGUAUUAAUAAAGGUUGAUGUCCAGUGACA